AUGGACUGCACCGCCUCGACCGAUAGUAAAGAAGAGCACGACAACGACAAUAGUGGGAUAGACAACAUGAACUCCCUUCAUCCUUCCGGGACUGGUGCUUGUUUUGCGCACGGUACGCUCGUGACAAUCAACACGGGCGCAACAAAGCCGAUUCAAGAGCUGCGCUCCGGCGACAUUGCCCAGACGCUGGCGGGCGAGCUUUUCGUCGUGAGCCUACUGCGGACCCGGGUGGAAAACGAAAUCAUGUGCCGGUUGGGCGACAUCUUCGUCACAGCCUGGCACCCCGUUUCCCUCCAAGGCAUCGACUGGUACUUUCCGGUGCAUCUCACCACGGAGCCCAUCAUGUACACGGGCGAGGUGUACUCGGUCCUGCUCGAGGUGGACAACAGCCCAUUUGCCCACACGAUACAUCUCGGCAGCGUCUGGGCCGCCACCCUCGGCCACGGCAUCACCAGCACCGCCCCAGGCGACGACGGGACCCCGGCGGACGUGCGCGGCCACCCCUUCUUCGGAAACUAUCUGGAUGUGUGCUCCAAGAUAUCGAUUCUGCGGCCGAUGAAUGGCGCCUAUCAGUACUACGGGACGCUGAGGGAUCCGACCACGGGCUGGGUGAAUGGUUUCAGGGUCGACAUGCCUAGCUACGGCGGCGCCAGCUACGACGGGACAGCCGCCCAGCCCCCACCCCCGGCCUCGUAG